AUGGGACUUGACACAAGAAAUGUUGCUGAAUGAAUCAGAGGGUAGAGAGAGAAAAAGGGGCAGCCUAAUGUACAUUUCUUGGCGGCUCGAUGGAUGACAUCGAAGCCAGAAGCACCCUUUUAGCGAAAAAAUAAUCUUGCUCGAGGCUUUGUAUCCUCGGUUUUGUUCCCGGUUGUUGGUACACAUAUGAUGGAACGGGCGAUGGAGCAACUAAACGUACAGCUGAACAGGCUGACCCGCUCUCUGCGUCGCGCCAGGACUGUCGAGCUCCCGGAAGACAAUGAAACCGCCGUCUACACACUCAUGCCAAUGGUUAUGGCUGACCAGCACAGGUCGGUUUCUGAAUUACUCCUCAACUCCAAGUUUGAUGUGAACUACGCUUUCGGACGAGUCAAGAGAAGUCUACUUCACAUUGCUGCCAACUGUGGAUCAGUGGAGUGCCUGGUUCUACUGCUAAAGAGAGGAGCGAACCCUAACUACCAGGACAUCUCAGGCUGCACCCCUCUUCACCUGGCUGCCAGAAACGGACAGAAAAAGUGUAUGGGAAGACUACUGGAAUACAAUGCAGAUGUGAACAUCUGCAACAAUGAGGGACUGACAGCUAUCCAUUGGUUGGCUGUGAACGGGCGGACUGAGCUGCUUCAUGACCUGGUGCAGCAUGUGACUAAUGUGGAUGUAGAGGAUGCCAUGGGACAGACCGCCCUUCAUGUAGCCUGCCAGAACGGACACAAGACUACGGUGCAGUGCCUGCUGGACAGUGGAGCGGACAUCAACAGACCUAACUGCUCUGGGGCCACACCCCUCUACUUCGCCUGCAGCCACGGUCAAAGGGACACGGCACAGAUCCUUCUCUCUCGAGGGGCUAAGUACCUACCUGACAAGAAUGGAGUCACCCCUCUGGAUCUGUGUGUACAGGGUGGUUAUGGGGAGACGUGUGAGAUCCUCAUCCAGCACCAUGGCAGACUGUUUCAGACACUCAUCCAGAUGACACAGAAUGAUGACAUCAAAGAGAAUAUGCUCAGGCAGGUUCUAGAGCAUGUCUCCCAGCAGAGUGACAGUCACUACCAGAAGAUCCUGACCAGUCUAGCAGAGGUGGCCACUACUAAUGGACACAAACUCCUCAGUCUCUCCAGUAGCUACGAGGCUCAGAUGAAGAGUCUGCUGAGAAUCAUCCGGAUCUUCUGCCAUGUCUUCCGCCUGGGCCCUUCCUCUCCCAACAACGGGAAUGACAUGGGAUACAAUGGGAACAAGACGCAGCGUAGCCAGGUCUUUAAGUCUCUUUCCUUGCCUCCCCCUUUCCUCUCUCUCUCUGAUUUCCUCCAGCCGUUGGAGUUGCUGUGGCACUCUCUAGAUGAGUGGUUGGUGUUGAUCUCUACAGAGCUGGAGAAGAGCCACCAGGACCCCUCCAACUCCUCCUCCUCAGGGAGCGAGAUCGCCUCCCUCCUCCUCAAACAACGUGGCGAGGUCGACUCCGCCUCCAUCCCUGCCGUCUUCACGGUGGCACCGUCGCUGCCACCCUCCAUGCCCCUACCUCCUUUGCCGGACCCAGAGGUUAGCAAGAGGACCCCGGAGGUUCUUAUGGAAACGCUGGAGGUAUACGCGGACGGAGAGGAUGUCAUCUCUAUGACGGCCAAUCGGCUCAGCGCGGUGAUCCAGGCCUUCUACAUGUGCUGUUCCUGUCAGAUGCCACAGGGAAUGACAUCUCCUCGCUUCAUAGAGUUUGUCUGCAAGCAUGACGAGGUGCUCAAAUGUUUCGUAACCAGGAAUCCAAAGAUCAUCUUUAACCAUUUCCACUUCCUGUUGGAAUGUCCGGAGCUCAUGUCCCGCUUCAUGCACAUAAUCAAAGGCCAGCCAUUCAAGGAGCGCUGUGAGUGGUUCUAUGAGCACCUAUUGGCAGGACAGCCAGACUCAGACAUGGUCCAUCGACCUGUCAACGAGAACGACAUCCUGCUAAUCCACAGAGAGUCCAUAUUUAGCAGUAGCUGUGCGAUGGUCUCCAAAUCGACCAAUGAAAAGCUCAAACAGGGCAUCGCCGUACGAUUCCAUGGAGAGGAAGGAAUGGGCCAGGGCGUGGUGAGGGAGUGGUUUGACGUCCUGUCCAAUGAGAUCAUCAAUGCAGACUACGGCCUCUUUACCCAGUCAGCGGACGGCACCACGUUCCAGCCCAACAGUAACUCGUCAGUGAACCCUGAUCAUCUGAACUACUUCCGGUUUGCGGGUCAGAUCCUGGGGUUGGCUCUUUACCACCGUCAGCUGGUCAACAUCUACUUCACCCGCUCCUUCUACAAACACAUACUGGGCAUCCCAGUGAACUACCAGGACGUGUCGUCCAUCGAUCCAGAGUAUGCCAAGAAUCUGCAGUGGAUCCUGGACAACGACAUCAGCGACUUGGGACUGGAGCUCACCUUCUCUGUGGAAACAGACGUGUUCGGCGCCAUGGAGGAGGUGCCACUCAAACCUGGCGGGACUAGCAUCAUUGUCACCCAGGACAACAAGGCGGAGUAUGUCCAGUUGGUAACAGAGUUGAGGAUGACUCGAGCCAUCCAACCCCAGAUAAAUGCCUUCCUGCACGGGUUCCACACCUUCAUUCCCCCCUCCCUCAUCCAGCUCUUUGAUGAAUAUGAAUUGGAGCUGUUGCUGUCUGGGAUGCCAGAGAUCGAUGUGCAGGACUGGCACAGGAACACAGAAUACACCAGUGGCUAUGACCUGGAGGAACCUGUCAUCCAGUGGUUCUGGAAGGUGGUAGAAAGCCUUACCCAAGAGGAGAGGGUCCUGCUGUUGCAGUUUGUCACUGGCAGUUCAAGGGUACCUCAUGGUGGCUUUGCCUUUCUGAUGGGAGGUAGUGGCUUACAGAAGUUCACUAUUGCCUCUGUACCAUACACAUCAAACCUACUGCCUACCUCCAGCACCUGCAUCAACAUGAUGAAACUCCCAGAAUACCCCAGCCAGGAGGUCCUGCGGGACAGGCUGCUGGUCGCACUACAUUGUGGGAGUUACGGGUACACCAUGGCGUGACGCUGGCUUCAGCUGCGUCUCAGCGGGACUCCUCUGGUCCAUGCACACGAGAGUGUGUGUGCGCGUGUGUGUGUGUGUGCGCAUUGGCAUGGACACAUGCAAGGAAUUCAUCCAACACUUCCUAAUCCAAACAUAUUUCACCUGUCUAUGUGGCAUAUUUCACCUGUCUAUGUGGCAUAUUUCACCUGUCUAUGUGGCAUAUUUCACCUGUCUAUGUGGCAUAUUUCACCUGUCUAUGUGGCAUAUUUCACCUAUCUAUGUGGCAUAUUUCACCUAUCUAUGUGGCAUAUUUCACCUAUCUAUGUGGCAUAUUUCACCUAUCUAUGCGGCAUAUUUCACCUAUCUAUGUGGCAGUUUGUUAUAGCUGGGUAGAUUCUAUUCUACAGCCAGAACAAGGUAUGAUUUUUAUAAGAUUAACAAGCUCCCAGUCAUUUCAACCCAAUUGAAGGCAAAGGAAAUGUGAUACCCCUGAUUUCACUCUGAACUGUCAAAAACAUGUUACCAUGGUCACAACAACAACUCUAGCCAGACCUCUUAUCCACUACAGACUGGCUGCACAGCCUUCCCACCACGGCGUGAAGCCAGUCGGCUGCCUUCCUUUAAGUCUCUCUCCUUUGACAUUCUUCUCCUGUAACAUGGUAAUAUGGAAUGAUCUGGUUGGUGUGUAUUUCAGAAUUGGAGGGGGAGUCUAUAAUGAUAUUACAUUAAGGGUGUGUGGCCAGGUGGUUUUACAUGUGUUUACCAGGGAGGUAGUCGUAAAAAGGUGGCGAAGAUUCUAGCCUGCGAGUAACAUAAACACUAAUGCAAAAAAUGCUAAUUUGUCCUAGGAAUAGGUACAUAAAUGAUUCCCAAAAUGAAUAGAAGCAUUAAUGGUGCUUACAGGCGUUUACCCCCCGCUACAGUACAUCCCUGAUCUUCACAGCUGCCUAACCACAACUCCCUCACCCUAUAAGGUGCAUGUCUCAUGGCUCUACUUUGUGAGGUUCUUCAGUUUAGUGUCAUUCUGUUGUGUUAGUCUGUCAUCUGCAGCUGUAUCUCUGUGUCCUUGUAGUGAUCAUCAGGGCCCAGUUUUUCAAAAGUUAUCUAUCCGGAUUUCACCUAUUGGAUAGGAUUAAAUGCAUAGAACGAAUAGAACAGACGAAUCAUUGACUUCUAUUCAUUCUAUUUCUAUGUAUUUAAUCCUAUCCGGUUAGAAAACUUUUGGAAAACUGAGCCCAGUAGUCAGUCAUCCCUUUCUAUUGUAUCUGACUGGCAGGACUCUCUGUGUGCGUCCCAAAUGGGUCCGUAGUUCCUAUAUAGUGCACUACUUUUGACCAGAGCCCUAUGGGCCCUGAUCAAAAGUAGUGCAGUAUGAAGGGAAUAGGGUACCAUUUGGGAUGCUGCCUCUGUUUACCAUGUUGUAUUUCUCCCAGCUCAGUUGACUUAAAGGUUAGAGGAGCACUACAGUAUAUAGAGCUAAGUGAAAGGUUUGGUCAGCAGUGCCAAAAAGGAGAGCCAGUUUUAUUUUGAUUGCUUUUUUGUUUUUAUCCUACCUGAACAUUAUGGUGGAACAUGUUCUAAAAAGGGACAGAAACAUAUCAUGACUUGACAUAUCAUGACUUGACAUAUCAUGAAUGUAGCUAAGAAAUGUUUUAUUCUUGAUCCUUGAUUUAAAUGACUCGACUUCUUUACAAUGAUGUGGGAAUGUAAAUACUUAUAUUUCAUAUUAUUUAUCACUAUUGUUUUAAAUGUAUGACUUGUUUUGCAAUUGUAAUCAGAUGUUGUAUUGUAUACAGAGCCUUUAUAGAUAUUUCUGCAAAUUACUCAAAAACAAAGUAUGUAUUUUACCAUAAACAUAA